GCACGCUCAGCCCCGGCCGGACAGCCAGACGGAACGGACACACCUCUCAGCCCACAGGCAAGAGCCGUCCCUCCCGGGAAGAUGCAGGUGUUCGUGAUGCUGCUGGCUGCAGGGGGCACCUGCCUGGGCCUGCUGGCAGCAGCUGCAGCGGCCGUCAACCCUGACCGACCCAACACCCCCAGCUCGCUGCCCAUUCACCGGCGCCAGAAGAGAGACUGGAUCUGGAACCAGAUGCACAUCGAUGAAGAGAAAAACGGCUCACUGCCCCACUACGUGGGCAAGAUUAAAUCAAGCGUGAACCACAAGAACACCAAGUACCAGCUCAAAGGAGAGUCUGCCGGCAAGGUCUUCCAGGUUGAUGAGAGCACAGGGGACGUGUAUGCCUUUGAGAGGCUGGACAGGGAGAAGAUCUCUGAGUACCACCUCAUCGCCCUCGUGGUGGACAAGAACACUGAGAAGAACCUGGAGUCUCCUUCCAGCUUCACCAUCAAAGUUCACGAUAUCAAUGACAACUGGCCUGUGUUCACGCACCGGGUGUUCAAUGCCUCCGUGCCCGAGAUGUCAGGGAUAGGGACCUCGGUCAUCCAGGUGACAGCAGUGGAUGCAGAUGACCCCACUGUGGCAGACCACGCCUCUGUCAUGUACCAGCUCCUGAAGGGAGAGGAACACUUCAGCAUCCGCGGUUCUGGACUAAUUGUCACAGCGAACAAAAACCUGGACCGAGAGAAGCAGGCCAAGUACGAGAUCGUGGUGGAAGCACGAGAUGCCCAGGGCCUCCGGGGGGAAUCGGGCACGGCCACCGUGCUGGUCUCUCUGCAGGACGUCAACGACAACUUCCCCAUCUUCACACAGUCCAGGUACAUAUUUUCUGUGCCCGAAGACAUCCGUGUGGGCAGCCCCCUGGGCUCUCUGUUUGUGGAGGACCCAGACGAGCCCCAGAACCGGAAGACAAAGUACAGUAUCGUGCAGGGCGAGUACAGGGACACCUUCACCAUCGAGCCUGACCCCAGCCGCAACGAGGGCAUCAUCAAGCCCAUGAAGCCCCUGGACUAUGAACGCAUCCGGCAAUACAGCUUCACCAUCGAGGCCACGGACCCCACCAUCGACCUCCGCUACCUGAGCAGCACCUCCACCAAGAACAUCGCCCGUGUCAUCAUCAACGUCACAGAUGUGGACGAGCCCCCCACCUUCCAGCAGCCCUUUUACCACUUCCAACUGCGGGAGAACCAGAAGAAACCUCUGAUCGGCUCAGUGCUGGCCAUGGACCCCGAUGCCGCUAAGCGGAGCAUCAGAUACUCCAUCCGCAGGACAAGUGACAAGGGCCAGUUCUUCGGAAUAACCAAGCAGGGGAAUAUUUACAAUGAGAAGGAGCUGGACAGAGAAGUCUACCCCUGGUGUAACCUGACAGUGGAGGCCAAAGAGCUGGAUUCUAGUGGGACCCCCACGGGCAAAGAAUCCAUUGUGCAGGUCCACAUCGAAGUUUUGGAUGAGAACGACAAUGCCCCAGAGUUUGCCAAGCCCUACGAGCCCAAAGUGUGUGAGAACGCUGCCCAGGGCAAGCUGGUCGUGCAAAUCUCGGCAAUAGACAAGGAUGUAACACCACGAGAUGUGAAGUUCAAGUUUUCCCUGAGCACUGAGGACAGCAACUUCACCCUCACGGAUAAUCACGAUAACACGGCCAACAUCACAGUCAGGUACGGGUAUUUUGACCGAGAGCGCGCCAAGGUCCACCACCUGCCCGUGCUCAUCUCGGACAACGGGAGGCCAAGCCUCACAGGCACCAGCAUGCUGGAUGUGACCGUGUGCAAGUGCAACGAACGCGGCGAGUUCACCUUGUGUGAGGAGGUGGCCGCCCAGGUGGGCGUCAGCAUCCAGGCGCUGGUAGCUAUCUUCCUCUGCAUCCUCACCAUCACAGUGAUCACCCUCCUCAUCAUCCUGCGGCGGCGGCUCCGGAAGCAGGCCCGCGCCCACGGCAAGAGCGUGCCGGAGAUCCACGAGCAGCUGGUCACCUAUGACGAGGAGGGCGGCGGCGAGAUGGACACCACCAGCUACGAUGUGUCGGUGCUCAACUCGGUGCGCCACGGCGGGACCAAGCCCCCGCGGCCGGCGCUGGACACGCGGCCGUCCCUCUACGCACAGGUGCAGAAGCCGCCGCGGCACGCGCCCGGGGCGCACGGGCCCGGCGAGAUGGCCGCAAUGAUUGAGGUGAGGAAGGACGAGGCGGACCACGACGGCGGCGGCCCACCCUACGACACGCUGCACAUCUAUGGCUAUGAGGGCGCCGAGUCCAUCGCCGAGUCCCUCAGCUCCCUGGGCACCGAUUCAUCUGACUCGGACAUCGAUUAUGACUUUCUCAGUGACUGGGGGCCCAGGUUCAAGAUGCUGGCCGAGCUGUAUGGCUCGGACCCCCGGGAGGAGCUGGUGUAUUAGGGGACCGCGGGCCUCUGGGCCUGGGUAGCUCAGACUAGUCGGACACGGGCACUGAGCCCUCCAAUCGUAGCACUCAUGUCCCAGCCUAACAGCCCUUCCUCAUGGGUCCCAGAGACCUCACCACCUUGGAUGGCAAAAUCCAAGUCCCUGAAAUGUCCAGGAACGUAUUUCAGUGAUGGCUACUCCCAAAACGCUGGAAAACACCAGGCUGAUGUUCUCUCUGGGCUGAGACAUCCACAUAACCCUGUCACCUGCGACAACGGGUCCAACUCAAAGACUUUCUCUGUCUUCUCAAAGCAGAUUAUGCUCAACUGCCAGGGGGAGGUCUUCCGCUGAGGUCCCUGAACCCCUGGGGCGGGGGGCGGGGGGGUCCUGGUGCCUGUCACCUGGAGGCAAGGGGCUGGAUGGCAUGACUGCUGGGCAAGACUUUCUGUAACCCAGUCCCCCAGGAGACUGGGCCCGCCCCCCCCCCAGGCCUGCACUGCUUUAGAUUCCUCACACCCUCCCAAGACCCCCAGCAUUCUGCAGCCUCUCCCCAGGCCUGUCAAAAUGGAGAAAGGGCCUCU